UCUCCGGCAGAUGAGGAAAAGUCGGAGGAAAAGUCGGAGGACAAUGUCUCUGGAAGAAAUGCAAUAGCACAAACGACACAAGCAACACCGCCUACAACACCGCCAACACCGCUUUCAACACCGCUUUCAACACCGCUUUCAACAACAUUUUCGCAAUCUCUGUCGCCAUCACCACCACCACCUUCUUAUUCCUUGUUACCACCGAUACCUCCGCCUUUACCCUCGCAACCACCACCAGGAUAUACUGUACAGGAUCAAGAACUUUAUUUACUUUUGGCAGCUCAUUGGUGGAAUCAACCUGAAGCUCCUCUGUUUUGUUAAAGGACGACUUAACAACAACUGCAACUGCCUCCAGUGCAAUGAAAUAUAAUCAAAUACACGUUUGACGAAACGUUAAUAAACAAAUAACAAGAACAAGAAAAAGACAAAGAAAAAAAGGAAAAAAGAAAAAAGGAGGUAAGAGACUAAACUUGCAAAAAAUGAGAAAUAACUCGAACGAAGUAAGCAAGUAAGAAGAACACACGAGUGUGAUUGAAGAAAAUACUAGGAUAUAUUAAAUAGAAGAAGAAGAAAAAAGGAACUUUGAAAAACUAGAUAAAUAGAUUCGUAAGGUAAAUCGUUUUGUUAAUUAUUUAUUAACAAAGCGUUUCAUUCAGAAAAAAAAGACGCAGAAAAAUGAAUAGAAAAGAACUGAUGAGUGAGAGUAAGAAAUAAACAUUGUUGAAUAAUUUAUUAAAAAAUAUUCCUACGAA